UAUACCUUCACUUUCUUGUCUAUGAAUGAUCUAUCACUGAUCAACAAAAUUGACGUAAAAUUUAAAUUAAAAAAUUAACUUAAGAACUGUUUGUUGAUAAGCGAAAUUAAAAUGAAAUUAUUUUUUGUAAUCAGUAUUUUUCUGCCUCUUUUCUACCAAAUUUCAAGUGGCUUAAAUACGAAUUUCGACAACAAUUGUCCUGAUAAUAUGAAACCAAUCGAUAAUGCCAAUAAAUAUGGUUUUGAAGAAUAUUGUGAUUGUGAAGAUUAUUUAUUAUAUAAUCCUGAAGAUGAACAAUGUUACGAUGCUUAUAGAACAGGUCCUUGUUCCGAUGGAUAUUAUUUUAUGCUUCCGCCUGGAGAAAUAGUAGCAAAAUGUGUGAAAAAUCCCUGCCUUAUUGAUGGUCUUGUUCCUUAUAAAGAACAAUGUCACCAUCUUUGGAAAUAUGGAUACCCCUGCAAGGAUAAUAAUACUUAUUUAGGAAUUGACGAUAAUUUUCAAGUAACAUGUGACGACUCAAAGUACUUAGGAACAAUUAAUAGUGAGAAUUCAUCAAAAACCUGUCCAGAAAAUUCGUAUUUGUUUUCAAGACAUUAUCCGUCGAAUUAUCUUUGCGAGUGUGAAGAGAAAUUUUUAUUUGUAAAUCGUACUUGUUAUGCAGCUUAUAGACAAGGUCCUUGUCAGCAAGGUAGUUACUUAAUAUUUCCUUUAGAAGGGAGUUAUCCGCAAUGUAAAUCAAAUCCUUGUAAAUUAGAUGGUCUUGUACCAUUUAACAAUGGCUGUUAUGAAAUCAAUGAAUAUGGCCCAGCAUGUCCUGAUAGGUUCGAUAAAUUAAGUGCCGUAGGAAAAAUGCGUGAGUUGAAAUGUGUUUUCGUGUUGCCAGGCCUUGUAUUUAAGGGCAUUAUAAAUGCGCCUGCUAAGGUUUGUCCAAAAGGAAGUAGAAGAGUUCUCCUGUUAGGAUGUAAACUUGCCCUUCAAUAGACUUCUAUAAUUAUUAACUUUCUUUUCUCUUUGACUAACAUAAAAAAUUAUAUAAAAUGAUCUGUAUUGGAGAAUGUCACAUUCCACAAGAGAUAACUUUUUACAUAAUAAACGUCUCAAAAUUGGCAAUGUAAGUAUUAAUAGAUAUAAAGCUAAAUAAAUAAAAAAUUGAAAUAAUUAAAGCAAUUAAAUGAAUAAUUAUGUGUUUUUGUAUGUGUGUAAAUGAGGCAUUUUACGUGAAAUGUUCUAAAUAAAAAUUUUACCUUCUUGAAAAAAAUUAAAUAUUAAUUAUUAAAAAUUAGGAAAAUUUUUAAAAAUAUUAUAAAUAAAAUUAACCAUUGAAAAGAGCAUGAAAAAUCCUUCUAGAAACAUAUUCGACAGAAUUUUUCUGAUUACAUGUAUGUACAGAAAAAAUUGAAAAAGUAGAUGGUGUUUAGCAAAAUUGGUAAAAUUGAUCCCUCCAAAUUUACGAAAAAGGCAAAAAUGUAUUUUCUGUCACGUUUCUACUUGAUAGAACAAUAAAUUCCCCGAGUUUCAAUUUUUUCAAGAAGUUGAAAUUUUAUCUUGGCACUUAAAUGCCUCAUAUGUAAUGUGGUUCUUAUUUUAGAAAAGUUUAAAUUUCUUAGGUCGCUGGCUGGAAUUUGAAUUAAAAUGUGAAAAAAGAGAUCUACGCACAAAAACAGUCCAUUUAAUAAAUCUUUACCCGUGCCGGCUAAAGGUUAAAGUUUAAAUGGGAUUUAACAUGGGUUAGGUGCACUUCUACAAACUGUAUUAUAACUUUUCUAUUUCAUAAAAAUUUGACCUGCGACUACUGCUUUUUAUGAUAUUUAGUAUCCUGAACACGAAUCUGACGUCAAAAACAACUAUUGACAGCUAAUGGUUGUUAAAAAAGCUGUAAUAA